CACGGUUCUACUGUCAAUUUAGCUGAAAUUCGGCGCCUGUGUCUUUUUUAUGCUACCCCUAACAGACGCUCGAACGCUCAUCCUCUCUCUCUCCAUUCCACCAUAUGCAAACCGAGAAUCGUCCUUCUCACCCGCAGCUGCUGAAUCCUACGAUCUAUGUCGGUCAUUUUCCGGGAUACGUCUCCGACGCACAGGUCUCUAGCAUGUUCGAGUCCCAGGCGUACACAGGCUGGGUGAGAAUACGAUCUCGAGCCAGCAUGGGGAAUCAAGAAGGAUCGUUCCGUCUCCGGAUCGACUUCGCCAAUCUGUACGAUGCCGAAAAAGCGCUCGCCUCGAACCACACCCGUCAUAUCCCAGGGCUGAAAUCCCCCUUCUCGCUGCGGUGCUCGCUGACCCCGCUUUUCCGCGCGCUGAAGCUGCCCGUAAACGAUCUGACCGCCGCGCCGCGUCUCAUCAGCAUGCACACUCCGGGCAUGAAAAGCACAUUGUCGAAGAUGUUCGAUCUUCUGCGUGUGUAUGGACCGAUAUACACCAUCCGUAUCGAACGAGCUAUCGGACUGGCCUUGGUCCAGUUCUACACGGAGGAACAUGCUGUCGCAGCCAACGAGCAGGCCGGUCUGCCUCUGCAGGUGUACGAUCCGUGCAUAAUCUGUUGCACAAGCAACGGCGAGCAAUUGGAUGAAGAAGCCUUGGAGACUUUUCUGCUGCAGUAUGGUCCGAUCACCAAGGUUGAGACCGAGUGGGGGGACAGCACAUUUGUCACCUUUGGUAGUCCCGCUAAUGGCAAGUCCCAUCAGCCCAUAUCGUUGUUGUCCCUCAUUGCUCGGACAGCUCUCGCGGCUCUACGCAAGGUGCAUGGAACCAGCGUCGCAGGAAAAGAAAUCUCUGCGACAUAUCGCACCGUCAGGCACUCCCAUCCAGUGGCCGACGUGUCUGAUACCCAGCAGCAGCACCAGCCAGCUGCGAGUGGUUGUUCUUGCCCCUCUACGAUCGUUCUAGUCAAUCUCCGCGCUCACUAUGACGCUCAACUAGAAGCCGGGAUUAAGCAAGCCAAAAAACUGGCCACCCAGCACGAAGUCGAAGUCGAAAAACUUCGGCAAGAACUCCGUGAUACGCAGCGCGCGCUCAGUUUGGCCGAAUCGCGGCUGAAGCUAAUGGACAUAGAGCGCGAUCGGCCGCUCUGGGAAGCAGCGAAGAAAACGCGCGAAGGGAAGGCGCGCGCGGCUGCAGAAGCUGCCAAGGCCGAAGCCAUCGCCCGGGCAUGGAAGAUCGAAGAGAUGCGCCGCAAGAUGGCGGAGAUCGACGCGCAGGAGGCUGCGAGCCGAGCCGCCGAGGCGGACCGUCGCGAGUGCCUGCGGCAGCAGGCCGCUGCUGAGAAGCAACGCCGCGAGCAGGAUGAAGAACGUGAGCGCGAGCGGCAGCGCACAGAGGCAGCGCGCCAAGCACGUGAGGCUGAGGAGAAACGCCGUCGCUGGGAAGCAGCGACCUCAGACGAGGUCCUUCGAUGUCGGAAUCGCGACCGCAUCCGCUGGGGAGCAAAUAAUUGGACGCCCAGCCUCGCAUUGCAGAGGCUGCAGUUCCAAAUCGCCGAAUUCGAGUCCAUCAAGUUCUCGGAGGCGCAGCCUCUGACGUUCGAGGUCAUUCCCUGGCCGGUUCUGCGCAAUCCACGCCAGUUGGGCCUCGACGAUGUCUCUUGGAAAGCAGCGGAGGAUUUCUUCGCGUCGGCUAAGCGACUGCUAGCCCAUUCCGAAUGCACAUCGCUCGUCAUCAAGGUCCACCGGACGUUUCAUCCAGACAAAUGGCCGGGAAAGCUGCUGACUGUGUUUGAGGAUGGGCUCAGGACCCAGUUGAAGGACCAUGUGAAUAUUGUGGCGCAGGCGAUGACUCCCUUGUGGAUAACAUCCAAAGACUCUGGCUAG